AAAAUAAGGAAACCCUUGGUAAAGCCAAGUCACAUUACAAAUAGGUGGAUUGCCAACGCAACUUGAGUUGUGGUCGGCAGUCUGAUAUGCGCUACAUAAAGCAAAAUGCACUGCUGACACUCCAUUUGACGAUUAGCCUAGGUGUUGUAACAUCUGUAGAUGUGAAUGGUCUAUUUUCAUCGUGGCUGUGCCCUCCUGCAUUUGCUGGCAGUGGAGACAGCAGCAGCUCUGUGUGCUUAGACCCAGAAUUGCAACAAUCCCUUGAUACAUUUCUUUUUAUACAAACUCAACGGGAGCUUGAUCGACUUCUCAACGCCAAACCAGAAGAUUUUGGAACCGGCUUGUUGGCGGGAAUUUUAACCACCGCGUCAGGUUUGCUCGAUGCUGAGGGCGAAGGCGCCUUCACAAAAGGACUUACGGCAUUGGAAGAACUCUUGGCGCUUCUGCCGGAAGAACCCCACAUAUGGCCCCUGGCCCGCCGGGUGACUAUCGCCAGUCUCGCACUGCGUUAUGGGAAGCAAGGCCCCUUCGGCUCAAGGACCGAGGCAGCGAAAGUUCAUAGCGUCUUAUUGCGGCUGUACGACCAUUUUAAGCAGUCUGCAAGGCGAAAGGGCGUGGUGGAGUUCACGCACGUCAGCAAAUCGGGCGGCACGAGCUUCUGCCAGCUGGCUAAAACCAAUGGCUGCAACACCGAGGACUUUGGAUAUCACAACUGCCUCAUCGAAGAGUUUGACGAUAAGCCGCGCUACUUCGAUCCGGACGUCCAUAGACAGCUAUCCGUCACGAAGACCAGGACGGUGAAGAAGACUCACUGUAAUGAACCCUUCAAAAACAUAAGAUAUCGCGCCAUGGAAGUGAGCUGUACCGACCGGCGGACUCGGUUGUUGGAGCUCGGCUACACCCUAUACGCCAACGAAUACACGGCCCUGGGCGGCACGGAGGACCCCGCGUUGGCGCACCCCUGUCGCAACAUGGUCACGGUGUUGGAGAUUCGUCAUCCCUACAGCCGCGUCAUCUCGCACAUCAAGCACGGCUGGUUUACGUACGGAUGGAAAUGCAAAGCCGACAGGGAGAAGGUCUACUUUCGGGGGGGCCACAACGCGAGUCAAUGGAACGCCCUGAUGCCCGCGGCCACCAACAACUACCUCAUCCGGUCGUUGCUGGGCGAGGCGGUCUUCAAUCUCCCAUUGGGUGCAAUCACCCGCGAACAUCUGGACCUGGCGCGUAACUUCCUGGCCGAGCAGUACGACGUCGUACUGGUUCUGGAGGAUAAGCCUCUGUUCGCGCAUACCCUAAAAUACGGCCUGGGCUGGGCUAUCAGCGAGCGACAUGCCAACAGUCGACCUGACAAUGAGGAGAGCAACGGGGGACUGCCUGCGGACCUGGACAGCCUUUUGGGGCACAAUUCAUUGGACGUAGAGCUCUAUCAGUUUGGUGUGGUUGUGGCGCGACUGGACGGGAUUAUGUACGGUGCAGCGGCGGCGAUGGAGGCGGGUGGUGGUGACAGGGCGCUAUUGAUGUCGCGGUCCAGGACGGUCAGCGGCGGUGAUGGAGGCAACAACGCGCCACUGGCUACGGCAGCUCCGAAAUCACGACAGAAACGGUAUAGCAGCAGCAGCAGCAGAGGUGUUCAAAUAUCGUUCCGCGGGAUGGUUAUGAACAUCGGGGGAAGCGGGGUGAGAGGAGGUCGCACUGAUGUGCCGGCCAGUGUGGAGGGUGCAGCGGCUUCCCGCGACCGAUUGGGCCGAUUGGGCGUUGUGGCAAUGUCUAGAGUGACACCUGAUGAUAACAUGGGUCGAACUGCUGACGUGGAUCUUUGA